AUGACGCGCUGGCCCGGGAGCGGCGACUCCGCGGGCACCUGGCCCCUGCAGCUUCCUGCCGCGACACCUGCGCGCUGGACCAGACCGACGCCUAGCGAAUCGGACUCGCCUCCCUUCCCAGGCUCUAUCCGGAGCCACCAGCGCGUGAGCAGCGGUGCUCAGAGAGCAGGCAGCCCACUGUCCGGGAGUGUCAAGACCUUUCUGGAACGACACUCAUCUCCCCGCUUAUACAUACCCCAGAACCUCAGUGCGCACCGGGUGGCGCGGUGGCGCGCACUUGGCACAGCCGGGCAGGCGGACGCGGACUCCGGAGGGGCGAGCAGGUCACCUCCAAACAGUGACAGACCCGGUGUACCGGGGGCCCCCAUCUGGAGCCGACUCACCCUAGGACUUGGCGGCCAGGCGGCGCGGCCCUUGGCCCGAAGGAGCACAGGGAGGAGGGGAGGUGGCUCCCCUCCUCCUCCUUCUCCUCCUCCUCCUUCUCCUCCUCCUCCUCCUCCCUGCGCUCCUCUGGAGGCCGCUCCCGCUCCAGCUGCGGCGCCGCGGCCACAUCUGGGGCGCCCAUGUGCGCUCGGGGGCUCGGCUGCGCCCGCCCCGCCGCCGCCCCCGUCCCCCCCUGCCCGCAGGGUGGUCCCCGGCCCGACCCGGGACCUGGGCAACCCGUCUUCCCCGCCGCCACCGCCGCCGGGGGUUUGCUCCGCAGCCGGCUUGGACGCCCCCGGCCCCGCCGUGGCUCCGCCGUGGUGCGGCGGCGGCGGCGACGGAGGCAGCGGCUCCUGCUCCCCCGGCCCGGCGCGUCCCGCUGCGCCCAGCGCCGGCCCCGCGGGCUCGGGGAGCGGGGCCCCGGCAGGGGCCGAGGCUGGAGCCGCGCUCCCGGGCUCCCGGGCUCCGACUCCUCCUCCCCCGCCGCCGCCGCCGCCGCCCGCCGCGCCGGGUCCUAAAGCCGCGCGUCUCAGGAGGAUGGUGCGUCUGGCGGCUGAGCUGCUGCUACUGCUGGGGCUACUGCUGCUCACACUGCACAUCACGGUGCUGCGCGGUUCGGGAGCCACAGACGGGCGGGACGCGACUGCGGCCAACGCCAGCCGGACCCAGCUGCAGAAUAACCUCAACGUGGAAAGUGCCUCUACAUCAGAAACCAGCUCUCCUCUCUCCAAAGAAGCACCAGGCAAGCAUUUGGACCACCAGGCUGCACACCAACCCUUCCCUAGACAGAAAUUCCAGCAAGAGGCUGGGCAUCCUUCACUGCAAAGAGAUGGCCCCAGAUCUUUUCUCCUUGAUCUACCAAACUUUCCAGAUCUUUCCAAAGCUGAUAUCAAUGGGCAGAAUCCAAAUAUCCAGGUAAAUCUUGGCAACUGAAAAGUGAAAGAAAGUGAAACAGACCUUGUCUUUGUUUCCUGAUCUGAUUCCAAAGCACCUCCUGCCUUACCUCACAUUCUCUUUAACCUCGUAAUGAGUCUUGUUAUGUAAUCCUGUUAUGUUAUCUCUGGAAGAACAGUGUUGUAUUUCGUCUGUGUAAUACCC